UUACCAUCGUGGGGUUUAGUUUGAAAACGACUAUCGACACGUGCACACGUGAAAUGCGCAUUAAAUAAGUGGAAGAGAGAAAAAAAUUAAAAAGAAAACAAAGAAUAUAAUAAAAAAAAUAAAACUAAAAAAGACAAUAUUAAAAUAAAACGCGACGGAAAACGGUUUAAAAAGAACGGAAAUAGACAAAACCAAAACAAAAUCCCAUUGGAAAAGAAUUGUGAUGGCAAAUAUAAAUGUGUGAUGCACUCCAUUCCUGGAGAGAGAGCGUGAGUGAGUGAGGGGAGCUGCAAAAGAAUAACAUUUUAGUGGGAGUACCUAUGAAUAUUGUUGUUGUGAAAAGAUUGAGUGAGUCAGUGCAGCAAAGGUUCGUUUGUUCUACCAUGGGAAUGUUUCCCAAAGAUAAACAACUGUAACUUAACACAAAAAAAAAAAAAAAGAAAAGAAAAACAACAAAACAUCAAUUGUAGUGGUAGGGAGCAACGGUGUAAAACAAUAACAACACUUAGAAAAAGGGGAGAACCCACAAAAAACAAACCUAAGCAAAAUCAAACAAGAAGAGUUAAUGUGACAUGACCAAAAGCGUAACAUAUGAACUUAACAAAAAUAACUAGUGCUCUGUGGCGGUGUGAGUGAGAGAUUGUUGUUAACAAAAAAAAAGCAACAAGGUAACAAUAAUAAAUAAGUGAAUAACAAAAUAAAUAAAAAAGAAGAAGCAGAAAAAUAAUAAAGUUCAUGUAAAACCACAAAUGUGAGAUACAAUUUUUCUUACUUACGUAUAAAACAAAAAAAUACAUACAUAUUUACAUACGUACAUAUGUUGGCAUGUGUGAAUUGUUUGUAACUUCCAACAGCAGCAAUAACAUAACUAGAGUCUGUGCAUAACUUUUUGUUUUUGUGUGUUUUAAAACAAUAAAUGCCGGAGUUGUUGGCUUCCAACGACCACCUUCUCAUCUGCUAUAAUUUGGGUACUCUUCUCCGUGGUGGUUUGUGCAACAAUAGCACCGCUUUGUUGUUGUUUUUAUUAUUAUUGCCUUUGUGGGGAUAACCUUUUCAAAUUUGUACAUUUUGAACGAAACAAUCGACGAACCCCAUUUUUUAAAAAAAUACCUACCUACCUAUUUACCGGAAGUUACUGGUGCUUUAAUGUUGGUAAAAUCAACGAAAAAUUGAAAAACAAAAAAAAAAUUGAAAACCAAAACAACAAAAACAAGUGCUCCGAUGUGUUUUUGUAAUCAUCCAUAAAUAGAGAGAGUUAUAUUACAAAAAAAAAAAAAUAUAUAUUGUUCGUUACACUCGUUUGCAUAUGAUAACAAAAUAAAAAGAAAAAAAAAAUUGAAAAUAAAACAAAUCGAAAAAAUCAACAAAUAAAAUAAGUGAAAAAAUAGAAUAUCAAAAUUCUAGAAUUUCCCAUUUCCAUUGUUUUGUGAAAAAAAGUGAAACAGAAAACAAAAAUAAACCAUCAAUAAACAACAGAAAUUGGAGUAAUAAAACAAACUGUCAACCAGCCAACCAACCAAACACACACCCAUCCAAAUACAAGCACCCACCCACCCAAUUUGGUUAACAAAUGACAUUGCCUUGGAUUUAAAUAAAUACAACGGAUAAUAAAGAAUUAUAUCAUCAGUCAUUCAAGUUGUUCGUCGCGCCGCAUUGGUGAGUGAAGAUCACGCCAAGUCGAUGUGAAAUGCCAAACAGCUGCAGCGAACGAAAUCAAAGUGAAACAAAUCAAUGCCGCCGAAAAAAAUGAAAACAAGAGGUGUGUGCCCAAUGCAACUACAACAGCAACAACAACAAUAACCGAUUGACUGACUUACUGACUGACUUUCUUUUUAUUAUUCAAAAAAAAAUCGACAUAAAGAAGAAAAUUCAGUGAACAGAAAAAAAAGUGAAAUAACAAAUUUUUUGUGUAACCCAAAAAAAAAAAAAAAAAAAAAAAAACAGAAGGCCUGUGUUUUUUUGUUAAUUGAAAAAAAAGAAAAAAAAUUUGAAAAUUUUAUGGAUUUCCUUGUUUUCCAUAAUGAAAAUCUAUAUUUAAACAAAUCAGUGCAUAAUUACAAGAAAUCGAAAAGAAAUAGUUAAUUAAAUUGCAAUUUUAUCCAAUAAAGAAAAGAGAAAAAAGAGAAAAACACAUUUUUUCCUGCUGUUUUUGGGAAAAAGAAAAACGCUUUCCCGUCCCAACCAUAUCAAACUUCUACAACCGCAACAACCCGUUUUCAGUUGUGAAACUUUCAAUUUCAAAAUGGAUACCACCAACUCCAGCAUUGAUACGGCCCACAGCGCCAGUAGCAGCAACGCCAGCAGCAGUGGCCUGAACAGCUCUUUGAGCCACAGCAGCCACAACAGCAGCGUGGCCAGCUCCAGCAGUGGCAACAGCAACGCCAGCACCAACAAUGCCACCGAUACCACAGAUGGAUUAUCGUUUUGUUUCAUAAGGGGUUCUGAUCCCCGUGCUGCCACCUGCCGUGGUAAAUUACAGACACGUCGCUGCAAAUUGAAUCAGGAAAUCAACAAAGAGUUACGAUUGCGGGCCGGUGCUGAAAACCUUUAUAAGGCAACCACAAAUCGUAAAUUACGUGAUACCGUUGCCCUGGAGCUAAGUUUUGUCAAUUCCAAUUUACAAUUGCUCAAAGAACAAUUGGCUGAGUUGAAUUCAUCGGUGGAGGUGUAUCAGAACAAUAGUCAAGAUGGUGUAAUGCCCAUGAUACCCCUAGGCCUAAAAGAAACAAAAGAAAUUGAUUUUAUGGAACCGUUUUCCGAUUUUAUACUUGAACACUAUAGCGAGGAACCAUCACAGUAUACGGAUGCUAUUGCCGAUAUAACCGAUACUAGACAGGCCUCCAAAACCCCCUCACGCGACAGCCAGGGUGUCGCUCUACUCUUUCGCUACUACAAUCUAUUGUAUUACGUUGAAAGACGCUUCUUUCCACCCGAUCGCAAUUUGGGUGUCUAUUUUGAGUGGUAUGAUUCCUUGACAGGUGUACCAUCUUGCCAGCGCACCAUUGCCUUUGAGAAGGCCUGCACCCUCUUCAAUUUGGGUGCCAUCUAUACACAAAUCGGUGCGCGUCACGAUCGUACAACAGAAAAGGGUCUAGAUGCCGCCGUCGAUAGUUUUCUACGUGCUGCCGGUAUAUUUCGUCACAUUUACGACACCUUCACCAAUGCCCCUUCGAUGGAUUUGAAACCGCAAGUCUUAGAUGUCUUAGUUUCGUUAAUGUUGUCACAAGCUCGUGAAUGUCUGUUCGAGAAGCUGCAAUUGCAAAUCGAGUCAUUGGGUAUUAAGGAUUCAAGUCAUCUCUUCAAAGAUUUAGCUGGCGAAGCAGCACAAUUAACACAAGAGUACAAUGAAAUGCACAAAAAUAUUCAAUUGAACGACACACACACAUAUUUGCCCGAAUGUUGGGCUGGUCUGGUGCCACUCAAAGCCGAAUAUUAUAAAGCUGUGUCUCAUCACUACGAAGCCCGCAGCAUAGAUGCCAGCGCUGACAAAACUUCCCUGGGUACCAAAAAAAGUCAAGCCACCUCGAAUGAAUCGUUCAUUGGCAAUGCGCGGGAGGCAAUGCGCAUGGCAGCGGCCGCUGCUGCCGCCGCCGCUGCAUCGGAUGACAACGACGAGGAGUGCACCAGUUUGGCAGCAUUAAAACGUGCCCAUUUAAAUGAAGCCUUGGCUAGUCAUGAAGAAACCCAGCGUCUGCAGCGUAUGUGUCGUUAUUUAAAGAAUAAAACAUCUUUAACACAAGUCAUUAAGGAAGCCCAAUACAAAACCCAAGAUGAAUUGGAAAAAUUCAGCGUGGAAAUGCCAGAAAAUGAAAUCGACGAUUUGUUAGAAGUUCAAAUUGAAGCCUGCUCCAAAUUCACGCUCUCCUUGACGGGUCCCGAUUUUACAUCGUACAAAGUUGAAGAUCCCUUCAAGCGCCUGGGACCCAUUGCCAUUUUCUCUGCCCGACGUCAUUGGACCGCCCCACGCUGUGUACGUCUGCAGAAGGGUUCGGCGAUCUAUCACGAUGGCUCCCACUACCAUUGCCACUGUCCAUCGCCGGCUGAUGGCCAUGAAGUGGGCUGCAGUUUGUAUAAGGAGGAAAUCGAAAGUUUUGGUUUCCAUGUACAGGGUGAUGCUCCCGUAAUGAUUGCCCAUGUGGAGAUUAAUUCACUGGCAGAUUUGGGUGGCAUUAAGGAGGGUGAUUUCAUAGUCGAAAUUGCCGGCAUCGAUGUCAAAUGGUAUCUACAUCAACAAGUGGUGCGUCUAAUACAAUCAUGUGGUUCUACAUUGGAGCUGAAGGUGAUAACACCCAUGGAUAGGAAUUAUUUGAAGCCACUAUCAUCCAAGGGUUCAAUUUCCACCUUGUCUGCGGCCAGCUCUUCCGGUGUCUCUUCAGGCUCUUCCAGUCCCACGGGAACAACUACCAAACCGAAAAUACGUUGCAAGUCUACGUCUAAACCCCUGCUGGGUAGUAUUUCAUCGAGUUCAUGGAAUCCCUUUCGACGUACCCCCAGUCUAGCGAAAAUAUUUUAAAUUUUAGGAGAAAAAAAAGAAA